AAUGUAAUGUUAAAAAGUAUAAUCAUACAUGUCAAGGUGUAAAAGUUUGUGAAUACCUUAGAAAGGAUCUUAAAGAUAAAAUUCAUACAGAAGUUGACAUGGAUUAUGAUUUUAUUCAAACACCUAAUGAAAUAUUAUUGGAUUAA